GGGUGUGAGCCAGCUGGGCCUGCGGCAAACACUCCACGGUCCCCGGGCAGGUUGAGGCUCCCCCCGCGGGGCCCUGGUUGCCGGGCGCUAAAGCAAACGGGCUCUAUUUGCCCAGUCUGCGAUGACAAUGCAGUCGCCAAAUAUUUGCCAGCCCGGCCGGCCUCGGAGUCCAGCUAUAAAUGCUGGAACCCAGGUGGAGGCGGGCCCGCCCCGCGGGAGCUGCAGGCCUCCAGCUGCACCUGCUGCCCCAGAGGCCCCAGAAGCUCGGGCCUUGAGGAGAUGGCCGCAGGCGUGAUCCGGCCUCUUUGCGACUUCCGGCUGCCCCUGCCCACCCACGGGCCCUUCCUGCCCUCAGACCCGGAGCCCCAAGAGACUUCUGAGGAGGAGGAGGAGGAGGGGGAGGAGGGGGAGGAGGAGCUGGAGGGGGCGGGGCCAGAGGGCCGCAGCCCAGCCCCCCAGGCCUCAGGCUGGGCCCCAGAAGCAGCCCCCCGGGGUCCCAGCAGCCCCGAGAACCCCCUUCAGCUGCUGCGCUUCUCCGAGCUCAUCAGUGGCGACAUCCAGCGGUACUUUGGCCGCAAGGACAGGGGGCAGGACCCGGACACCCGUGACAUCCGUGAGGACGACAGCCCAGCCCAGGGCCUCCGCUGUGCUGACCUGGUGAACCGGGCUCCGGGUGGGCCCCCCGGUGGCGAGGAGGCUAUGGAGCCCGGUGUCCUCUCCCCGAGGGGUCCCGAGGGGCAGGCACGCGGGCUGGGGCCCCUGGCCGAGCUCUUUGACUACGGGCUGCGGCAGUAUUCAGGGCCCGGGGCCCCAGCCGGCCGCCGGCUACGGCUGGAGCGCAAGUACGGCCACAUCGUCCCCAUGACCCAGAGGAAGCUGCCGGUCUCCUUCUGGGAGGAGCCGGCGCCCGGCCCCCUGGGCCUGCUCCGCCCCGGCACGCCCGACUUCAGCGACCUGCUGGCCAGCUGGUCUGCGGAGACCGGCCCCGAACUGCCCGGCGGAGGCCCCCAGACCCUGGAUGGGGUGCAGCUGGCCGAGGCCUAGCGA